UAUUAAUGAUAUUAAAAUGUCAAUGAAAACGCUGAUCUUAAUAUUUUUAAUGGUUUAUAAUUGUAAUGGUGUAAUUUAUAAGCUAAACGAUUCUGACUACGCCCGGAUGCCACAAAUUUUUCAUCUAGAUGACUAUGAUCAUUGUUUGAUAAAUCCCGAUGGAAUUUAUUGUACAGCUGAUAUUGACAUUGUAUCCGAUUACCCUUUAAGUGAACUUUUGACGAUGAUGCGAAACUAUUCAGCUUACACGAGAAAACAUUUUAAUUAUACUCAACUCCAUUACGGAAUUUGUAUGACACAGACGUGUAAACAUUUCUUGGCUGAUAAUAAAACGGAUAUGAAAUUGGUUCUUGAGGAAUGCUUCAAUCAUAAUCUUUGGGAAAAUUAUGAGUUAAAAUGCAAGAUAUCUAAACCUAUAACUUGUACCUAUAAUAAAACAAAUGUUAAGAUAGACACUGGCGAUAUUGCAAUGGCAGCAUUUUUUAUAUGUUUGAUCAUCAUAAAUUGUUUUUCAAGCAUUUAUGAUAUCGUUCUUGUUAGAAGAAAGAACUACAAAGGUAACAGAUUUCUCAUGUGUUUUUCAAUACCACAUAAUUAUUCUAAGUUGUUAUCGUCGUAUAAAAAUUUUGAUUCAAGAGAAGAACGAUUGAAAUCGUUUCAUGGUUUGAGGACAAUUACAAUAAUUUGUGUCAUCUUCUGUCAUUCGUUUCUGCCAAUAGCAAUUGGACCUGAAAAUCCUCGUUUUAUUGAAAUGCAAUAUGAAAAUAUUUUUCACCUCCUAUUCAUAAACGGAACGCUUCUGGUUCAAAGUUUUUUUGUUAUGUCUGGCUGUUUGCUGGCUUACAAACUUAAAGUGUGCGCUGAAAAAAACGAAAUGAGAUGGACAUUGAUCCCAAAAGCGAUAACUGGGUUUUGGAUAAAACUCACACCUUCGUACGCAGUCGUUCUAGGUCUCACUACAACUUGGUUGAGAUACGUCGGUUCAGGGCCUUUUUGGAAGAUAGCUGUUACUAAAGAAGUCGAGGAUUGCCGCACUAAUGGAUGGUCAAACUUGUUAUAUGUUAAUAAUUAUCUAGACAACACACAGUGCAUGGUAGAAACAUGGUACCUGGGAGCUAAUAUGCAAUUGUACGUAAUUGGAUCAAUAGUUUGUAUUUUGUCAAGAAAUACCAGAAGUAAGAAAAUAUUAUUGACAUUACUAUUUAUAUUCGGUAUUGUGACACCAGCUGCACAUACGUACUUUCAAGACCUGGAUGCAGUGCUCGUAGUUACACCAGAGACUUUAAGAAUUUUUGAAAAUAAUGUUACAUUCAAUAACGUUUACAAACGAGGACAUACAAAUAUGGUUAACUUUGUUUUGGGAAUAGCGUUGGGUACUCUUAUAUACCGAUGGCAAGUUAACAAAGUUGACAUGGUAAAAUUUAGAAAAUACCGGUUCCUAUUCUUGCUUACGUUGCCAGCAAUUGUAGGUUCAUUAUUUAUAGGGAGUGUAUUUUAUAAGGACGGGUUUCAGGCACCUGUUAUUGCAAGAGCCAUAUAUGCUGCUUUGAUCAAACCUUUGUUUGGAGUUAUUCUUGCUUCACUUAUCAUUGGAUCAGUUUUUAAAAUUGACAAUAUAUACCGAGUUAUUUUGGAAUGGAAUGGAUGGAAGAUUCCUUCAAAACUAUCAUAUUGUGUAUAUCUUCUACAUUUUAUGAUAAUACGAGCAAUGACUGGAAUACAUAAAACAUUGACACCACUAAAUAGCUUUUUUGUGAUAGAAAAACCGUUAACCGCCAUAACGGUAUCUUACAUAGCCGCAAUACCGCUUUUUAUAUUGGUAGAUGCACCACUGACAGAAUUUUUGAAAACGUGUUUGGAAUUUACAAUCUACAAUAAAACAAUAAAAUCAAUACAACAAACACGAAACAACGGAAUCUCUUUAGAUAAAUACGCAGACACAUCCGUUGAAAUGAAUGAAGAAAUUAAUAAAAGAAUUGAUUCGGCGACUUAGUUUACAUAUAUCAUUAAAAAAACUUUCUCAAGGA